UCUGUAGCAAGGCGAUUCCAUAUCAAUGGGCGCAUUUUGAGCAGCAUUUCGUCACGUUUCAGCUUCGUUUUGUGCAUAAGGAGCUCUUAUGGUGACGAACGGCCGAAUAAAUCACGUUUUUCAGUAACCUUAAGGUCGAACGGCGCGCCAUUGCACACGCUGUUUGCUGGGUUGCGAGAGCGGGCUGAAGUUAUUGUGGGCAGUGCGGCCAUGCUUGUGGCUUGUGCUACACGGCGGAUUUGGCGUCGUCUAAUUCUUAGUUCGUCCAAUAUAGAACUAUCACAAGUUGUACGGGCUCAGUUAUUUACGGACUAGAAACGGAAUGCGUUUUUGAGCUUCAUAAUACGUCGAUGUAUUGGCAGGUUUGCGCAUUUUCGCCAUCUGGACGGAGUCUUUAUUCCCGUAGCCCUGCCAUGCUGCCGCAUGGACAAGCGUAGAGGAAGCACUAGAGUCGCAUUGUUGUAAUGGCGGAGGCUGGGAUCUGUGAUUUUCAAACAGUUCAAAGAGUUUUAUUUGGCUAGAAAAAAGCUUGUUUUAAACUGGUGAUAUGGAAUUAAUUUCAAACCCGAGAGAAACAAAGUGAGUAACGCAUUGUUAAAUUAAUAUGCGUUUUAAUGAGGGGGUGUGUGUGCUGUGGAAGGCCCGUCAAUGCGUCUGCAAUCCUUUUUCGAGAGGGAGGCGGAGAGAGCACGCUGGAAAGCCAAGGGCAUUCUGGGAAAUGUAGUACUCAGAUUCGAAUAGAGCCGAAUAGCUUGUGAUUGGAAGGUGAAGUCUGUAGGUCCACGGAAGUACUGGGAAACAUACAACAACCUUUUGUGCGAUUUAAAUGUCGUGUCAAAAUAAGAUCCCACGUGAAUGAUCGUUAUUGUGACUAGUUUAGCAAACAUCCCCCUCACUCCAGAGACAGCACGGGACCAGGAGCGGCGUAUUCGCAGAGAAAUCGCCAACAGCAACGAGCGCAGGCGCAUGCAAAGUAUUAAUGCUGGCUUCCAGUCACUUAAAACACUCAUACCACAUAGCGAUGGAGAGAAACUGAGCAAGGCUGCCAUCUUACAGCAGACAGCUGAAUAUAUCUUCUCUCUGGAGCAGGAGAAGACCCGGCUACUGCAGCAGAACACACAGCUCAAGCGUUUCAUCCAGGAGUUCAGUGGCUCAUCCCCAAAAAGGAGGCGUGCUGAAGAGAAAGAUGAAGGGAUUGGCUCUCCAGAUAUCCUUGAGGAUGAAAAGGUGGAAGAUCUGCGACGGGAAAUGAUUGAACUCCGACAGCAGCUGGAGAAGGAGCGCUCAGUGCGCAUGAUGCUGGAGGAACAGAUUCGUUCCUUGGAUGCGCAUCUAUAUCCAGAGAAGCUAAAGGUGAUUGCUCAGCAGGUUCAGGAGCAGCACGUGCAGACGCAGACUCUGCUCCGACUGCAGCAGCAGCAGGAACAGCUGGAGAGAGAGACCACCCCUGCCCGCAGCCCACAGGUGUUUUCCCCAGCAACACCCCCUGCCCCAACCCACCACACCACUGUUAUUGUGCCAGCCCCUACAUUGCCUCCCCCUCCCCAUCAUGUCACGGUUGUAACCAUGGGCCCAGCCUCAGUUAUCAACACAGCAUCCACAUCACGACAGAACCUGGACACCAUUGUGCAGGCCAUCCAGCACAUUGAAGGCACACAGGAGAAGAUGGGUGUGCCCGAAGAAGAACAGCGUCGAGCAGUCAUUGUCACCCCAGGUCGCAUCCUUACUGACACGCCAGACUCAGACACUGCAUCUGACAAUGAAGGGUCUGAGGACUGUUAACUGCCCCAAGUCCUCCCCAUUUUUUGUGAUGGGGCAAAGAAUAGACUCUCUCUGGCUCUCUUUUUCAUAUAAACAUACAGAACCAAUAGGAUAGUGCUGACAGACCUGAAAGGGUUCAGUCAAGGGUUCAUUGAACAAAAUGGUUUAAAGAAGACUGAAUAAUGAUUCUCUCUCUCUCUCUCUCUCUCUCUCUCUCUCUCUCUCUCUCUCUCUCUCUCUCUCUCUCUCUCUCUCUCUCUCUCUCUCUCUCUCUCUCUCUCUCUCUCUCUCUCUCUCUCUCUCUCUCUCUCUCUCUCUCUCUCUCUCUCUCUCUCUCCAUAGUCAUGGGGUACACUAGACUUCAUCUACUCAGACUUUGAGUUGCAUUCAGAGCAUUGUCUUUGUUCCUAAUGCACACUCAUAUUUUAGUCCAAGAUAUAAUUGAAACACCACAAAUGGAAUUAGCCUCUGACAACACUCGUACAGGUCUUUUGUCUUCUGCUUCCCCUCAAAUCACCACUCUUCCUGUGGAGGGGACAGUCUCUGAUUCAGGCCUUAUUAUCUCUGUCCCAUCACUACCCCUAAAACUGGAGUAACCGACCUGACCCCUUUCCCCCACACCCACCAAAAUACUUUCUUUCAAUUGAACGUGACCUUAGCAAACCCCCUCCAUUUUUCUUUCUGUCCUAGGGAGGCUUUUUAUUUGUUUGUUUUUUAGAAAGCACCACUGUGAGCAUACCUGACUUAGGAGCCAAAUGUACCAGUCCCUUGGCUUUGACUCUUUAGAGGAAAUGACCCCUUUUGCACAAAUGCAACCCCUACUUUUCUCAUCAGAUAUUGGUUUGAGGUUCCUCAAGUCCCUAAAUCUGCAGUCGCUCUAAAGGAGGGCCAAAGAUCGUCAUUGAUGUGCACUUUGUAAAUAAAGCAAAGCCUAUUAGUGGAUUACUAGAGGGAGCUUGACAUUUGCUCUUACCAUUGCUCAUGCUCAGCUGGGCUGGGUUCAUGGGACACACAGCUCAUCAUUGAAUUCGUAGCUCUGUUUUUUGGGUCUCCUAAUAUUGGCCUAAUCUUUUGUCUAGUUUAUGUCUCAAAAUUAAAUAAGCUAACCAGCAGGUACUUGCACCUGCAAAAAGAUGUUUGUUCUGUGUGCUUCGUCUAGAAACACACAAGGGCCUUUCUUGUUUUCAGAAAGUGUGGUAAUAGCACUAGCAGAUUUGGCUUGGACCACCAGCAUGCAGCUCCCUUGGCAGUGGUUUGCUCAAGUAGUUCUUGUAUCUGUCCCCACUGAUGGGGCCUUGCUGUAUUUUUUUUUUUUUUUUUUUUUUUUUUUUCUUCCUGUCAUAAUUAGCUGACUUUAUGUGGCCUAUGCUGUUAAUUGCUGUGCUGAUCUUCAGUAGGCCUUUUCGAAUCCUGCACAAUUACUCUAUGCACUCAGCAGUUUGCUGUGUUUGCCUGAAUGUUUUGUUUUUCCUUUUCCCCCCUCGGUUUCUGUGUGUAGUGACGCAGAUAAUUUUGUGGCUUUUUGCUCCUCCUUUGUGGAGCUGUGCAGAAGCAUUGGCUCUCUACCACUCUCUCUACUGGAAGGAGCAGUCAGGGACUGCAUUAAAUCUUGCCCAGGUGUGCAGAUAGAGGCAGUGGUUUGCCUUAACCUAGCUUCAGUAUACAGAGGGGCACAGAGUUUAGCCUUAAACCCAGCCCUCGAGUUAGCAUUUAAGUGAUACUAGAAUUAAGCAGUCUGAGCUCUUGUCCUUUUCCUACAAAUGCAUGCUUGGUAGGCCUUGGGAGCACUCAAAUAUUUUCUCUAAUCUUCUCUGCUCCAUCCCAUGCGUCUUCACAUCUCAUUAACCACAUGAUGUGAACGUGGGAGGCAAUUCUAAACAUUCCAGAAAGUUAUACCAACAUAUUUUAUAUGUUACAUAUGUUACAUUUCUCCUGGCUUCACUCAAACUUGCAAAUGCCAAUUUUGAAUAGAUUUUCAAGCGGAUACAUGACAAAUCCAUGAAAAAAAAGAAAGUAUCGCUCAUCCCCUGCUCCAGUGUUACAGGGAAUUCUUUGCUGCUGGACAGAUCGUUUGUCUUGAAGGAUCUAUUAAAUACUGUCGGCAUGCUGGCUGUCUCUGGACCCUCAGACAGGACACCUUUGCGGGCUGGUUAGAUUGGGCCAUGGAGACUGGUGGAUUUUUUUUCCUCCUUUUUUUUUUUUUAAUUUUUUUAUCUGGAUUUGGCCCCCCCCCCCAACGGUUUUUGUGUAUCCAUCAAAGCUCAGAAAGCGGUCAGAUCUUAGCAUUUCCUCUACCAAAGCCACAGGGUGUCUCAAAUUUGUCUUUUUGUAUUUCUUCUUGCAAAGAUCUGCAGAGGACUGCAUCAGACAGAUGUGUGUGUGUGUGUGAGGGUUUAGCCAACAGUGUUUAAUGAUUAUGAUUCUGAAGCACUUAACUCUAUUAUGAGGAUCAUGUCUUGGUUUUUAAAGGACAUCUCUUCAGUUGAAGCUCUUUUCGCUAAGUCCAUACCACAAACUGUGGAACCCUACAGAGUCUGUCCCAGUGCAUCUUGUCCUCUGUAUGUCUCCGUCUCAUGUCCCUCUUAUCUUCAUCUGUCUCAUCCUUUUUUUUUUUUUUUUUUUUUUUUGUUUGUUUGUUUGUUUGUUUUGGGAGCACUCUAUCCCAUCUGCUUGUUGAGAAGCUAUUAUAUUUUGUUCUCAUUUUUUAAGAAAAAAACUGGGGAAAAGAGGCUUGUGCCUUUGUAAAGACAGAAUAAUAAAGUUUGUACUUUGUUUUUUACAAGU